UCUGUGAGAAGGAGCUGAGAAAGCCGGGGGUCCCUCUGUGCCCCUUGUGACUCAGUGGCCGUGCUGCUCUAGGAGCCUUUGUCUGAAGCUGCCACUGCAGCAGCAACGGAGAUCCCCAAGGAGCUUGUGUCACUGCUGGUGACAUCAGAGCUCUUGAGCAGCCUGGAGAGCCCUGGGAUAUCCCCAUGGAGCCCCUGGGAUUGCUGGUGACCUCAAUGUUCCUCUGAGCAGAGACCAGUGGGAUGUCACAAUGGCACCUCUGUGACUGUCUGUGACAAGAGACCUCUUUUUCAGCCUGCAGACCCCUGUGAGAUCCUGUGACAUCAGGGCUCCUCAGCAGCCUAGAGACACCACUGAUGUCACAACUGACAUCCUGUCACAGCCUGUGAGCUCAGUGUGGUUUGGUAGAUGGGAGACCCCUGGGGUGUCCCCGUGGAGCCUCUGGAAUUGCCCAUGACCUUGGUGUUCUUUAGCAGCAUGGAGACCACUGGGAGGUCUGUCUGGAACCCUUUGUUUCAGUGCGUGCCUGAGCCAAAUGGGCUCUGUGGCACGUAGAGACCCCUCUGUUGUCCCCACGGAGCCCCUGUCAAUGCCCGUGACCUCAGAAGUCUUUGGAGGAUGAAGAGCCCUGUGAUGACAUGGGAUGUCAACACGGAGGGUCUGUGAUCAGCCUUGGAAACUUUGUUUGUGCCUGAAUGGUAAACACUGUGUGCAGGUGUGCAUGUCCUCUCUGGAAUGUGGGAGAGGGGCUGCUCUCCUGGAUCUUUAAGUGCUUUAGAACUCCUUGGAAACUUUGUUUGUGCCUGAAUGGUAAACACUGUGUGCAGGUGUGCAUGUCCUCUCUGGAAUGUGGGAGAGGGGCUGCUCUCCUGGAUCUUUAAGUGCUUUAGAACUGGGCAGAGUACGGAGCAAGGCCUACAGCAGGUGGACGCCUUGGUGGCCCAGUACCGUCACGGCUGCCUCUGGUGGGGACUUCCCUGGCUGCCCGUCCUGCGCCUCUUCCACCCCAGCACCCUCCGGCCACUCCUCAGUGCCUCAGCCUUCGUGGCUCCCAAGGACGAACUUUUCUACAGCUUCCUCAAGCCCUGGCUGGGGGAGGGGCUGCUGCUGAGCCGCGGGCAGCGCUGGGCGCGGCACCGGCGACUCCUGACGCCUGCCUUCCACGGGGAUGUGCUUCGGAAUUACCUGGGAAUCUUCAACCAGAGCACUCGCGUGCUGCUCGCCAAGUGGAGGGUGGCAACAGUGGCAGCUGGUGGGAGGCCGGUGGGGUUGGAGGUGCUGCAGCCCCUGAGCCUCCUCACCCUGGACACACUCCAGAAGUGCAUCUUCAGCCACGAGAGCCACUGCCAGGAGCGGCCCAGUGAGUACAUCCAGGCCAUCCUGGAGCUGAGCUCAUUGGUGGUCCGACGCCAGCUCCAGCCACUUCUCCACCCGUGGUGGCUCUACAGCCUCUCCUCUGAUGGUCAGCGCUUUGCCCGCGCCUGCGCCACUGUCCACGCCUUCACUGCUGACGUGGUGCAGCGCCGGCGCCGUGCCCUUGCCCGCCUGGGCCACCAGGCCUGGCUGGAUGGCCACCGGGGACGCAGCAUGGACUUCAUCGACCUCCUGCUGCUCACCAAGGACGAGAACGGCCACACCCUGUCCGAUGAGGACAUCGCGGCCGAGGCUGACACCUUCAUGUUCGAGGGCCACGACACCACGGCCAGUGGCCUGGCGUGGCUAUUCUACAACCUGGCUGGCCACCCUGAGCACCAGGAGCGGUGCCGCCAGGAGGUCCAGGAGCUCCUGGCUGGCCGGGACACUGCAGACAUUGAAUGGGAGGACCUGUCCCAGCUGCCCUUCACCACCAUGUGCAUCAAGGAGAGUCUGCGGCUGCACCCUCCUGUCACUGCUGUGUCCCGGCGCUGCACCGAGGACAUCCCUCUGCGUGAUGGCCGCAUCAUCCCCAAGGGGGUCACCUGCCUGAUGAGCAUCUACGGGACCCACCACAACCCAGACCUCUGGCCCGAGCCUGAGGUGUUCAACCCCCUGAGGUUCAGUCCAGAGAACAGCAAGGGACGGUCCCCGUCAUCCUUCAUCCCCUUCUCUGCCGGCCCCAGGAACUGCAUCGGGCAGAGCUUCGCCAUGGCUGAGAUGAAGGUGGUGGUGGCACUGACGCUGUCCCGGUUCGUGCUGCGGAGGGACACAGCGAGGCCACCCCCGCGCCGCAAGCCUGAGCUGAUCCUGCGUGCCGAAAACGGGCUUUGGCUGCUGCUGGAGCCACUGCCGGGAGUGGCCUGAGGGACACAGGUCACCAGGACAUGGGGACACCCCGCGAGGCGGGUGUCACAUCCAGGAGAGGAGUGGGGAAUAAAUGGUAGCAUGAAGGGGACAGUGUCAUCAUGGUGGUGGUGGGGAUGUGUUGUCCUUGGUCAUGGGACACCUCAUGGCAUGGAUAUGUCAACCCAUGGACUUGUCCCCUAGGCCACUUGUCACCAUCCAUGGCUACGUCCCCCACGUCCUCAUCCAUGGCCAUAUACCCCCACGUCACCAUCUAUGUCUGUGACCCCCCACGCUCAAUAUCCCCAUCCACAGCCAUGUCCACACCCAUGACCAUGUCCCUGUCCCCACCAUGUCCCCACCCAUGUCCCACAAUGUUCCCAUCCAUGUCUGUGUCCCCCACAUCCCCUUCCAUGUAUCCAUCCAUGUUUUAGUUCCAUGUCUUUAUUUUUACCCCAAUGUUGGGUGAAGAGAUGAAGAAGAAUGAAAACAAAAUCAAGGCUAAAAUAAAAGGAUUUACGUGUC